AUGAAUCUUGAGCCACCCAAACUGGAGAUCAAGUCAGCCACACGUGUCACCGGGGGCCCUGCGACACCCCGCAAAGGACCACCAAAGUUCAAGCAGAGGCAGACGCGUCAGUUCAAGAGCAAGCCACCAAAGAAGGGUAUACAAGGUUUUGGAGAUGACAUCCCUGGUAUGGAAGGGUUAGGCACUGACAUCACUGUCAUUUGUCCCUGGGAGGCCUUUAACCAUCUGGAGCUUCACGAGUUGGCUCAGUAUGGUAUCAUCUGA